UGUUACACCACAUUACUAUCUGCCAUCGAUACACUUACUAUACGUGUAAUUUCGUUUCAUCAAAAAUGGCGAAAAUAUACUUUAUAUUGCUGGCAAUCUGCCUCCACUCGGCAUCCAGCUCAGAGCCAAAGAAGCGAUCCGCGUCUAUACCAAUCACACAAACCUACUCAGAAUACUACAACAAUGUCGCCAUUCCCGUGCCCCAUCCAGUGCCUAUUAGCGUGCCUCGAGCAGUUCCAGUGGCCGUUCCAGUGGGAGUGGCUGUAGACAGACCAAGACCUGUCCCUGUAUCUGUGCCGCAUCCCGUAGCUCAUGUGGUAGCCCGUCCAGUAGCCGUUCCAGUUGACAGGCCGUAUCCAGUGCCGGUGGCUCAACCAGUACCUGUGACUGUCACACAAGGGGUUGGCAUUCCAGUGCCACAGCCGUAUGCGGUUGGAGUGCCAGCUGCUGUUCCAGUGAGAGUGCCUGUGGCAGUGCCUGUGGCUGUUGGUUCGAUUGGAGGUGGAAUAGGCGGUGGAUCGCUUGGUGGUGGAAUUGCUGCUGCAUCGCUUGGAGGUGGGCUUGGCGGUGGGUCCAUCAUUGCUGGCUCGCUAGGCUCUGGGGGUAUUAUCUCUAGUUCUAUUGGCCAUGGAGGUAUUGUAGGAGGAGGAAUCAAGGUUAUAAGUGGCUCAAGCUAUUCAGUUCCUUAUGGAGUAUAUGGAUCUGGCCAUGGUUAUUAUCACCAUUGAUUGAGCCAGUAUGAAAAAUUUAACGUUUUUGUUAAUAAUCGUUUGGUUUUGUUGAGUUACCAUAUAAGAUUUGAGAGGAAGUUUGUAUACAAAAUAGGUCAAUCCUUUUAUUAUGUUUUGUUCAAUUUUGACACAUGUGUAAUUGCCGCCCUCUUUUUGUAAGGAUAUCAAGGUUAAGGUAUUUCCUGGGUUUUCGUUAAUCUAGUCUUAGGGUUGUAUGUAUGUAUGUCCCAUCGAUUAAUGUAUGCAGCUUUAAUUAUUGUAAGUGUAUUUGAUGUUAUAGUAUAGUACACCUAGUAUAUAUUGUAUCUCCAAUGUUAUGUAAGUUAAACCCCACUAUUAAAAUUAAGGAAAUUUGUAUGUUUAUUAUUUUAAUAAAUUGUAUUUUAUAG